AUACACAGUAGUCAUAUAAGUAUUGUAGUUAGCGAUCGUCGUGUCAAAGAUUUAUUUACCUUACGAGAUUUAUUACAAUUUGUAAAUAAACUAGAAAAUAUUAAUCAGUCAAGGUUUCGAGUUCACGACAUUCAUUUCAUAGUUCGUUGUCUGUAACGUAGAUAACAGUAUCACGAAUUUGAUAGUAUAUAAGUCAUACGAAAAGGAGCGAAAGAGUUUAUUCGUAGUGAAUCUGUUGCAAAACAAUGGUGAAGCAAAGAGAUCAGGAUGACUUCCCCUACGAGAUCAAGGAUGUUGAGCCGGAGUUGGCUGCAAAGCUGAUGGUGCAUUAUACAGGAGAGCUGACAGGCUUCGUGCGCGUCGGGCCUAAGGGCUACUUCUUCCCUCACAAGUACAAAUCUUGCGCGGCCAGCUACUACAACCUGCCCGUACGAGCGGACGACGUCUUCGUCAACACAUACCCCAGGUCUGGAACGACGUGGGCACAAGAACUGAUAUGGCUCCUGAAAAAUAAUUGCGAUUUCGAAACGGCAUUGGAAGUGCCACUGAAUAUUAGAUUUCCGUUCUUAGACUUUUCCAUGAUCAUCCACCCAGAACUUGCGAAACAAAUGUACGAAGAGAACAAAGGUGACGAAGAGAAAUUGCGCAUCGUGGAACUUUCUAACUUGCCUGGAGCUGAGAAGGUCAGCGCCAUGCCUUCACCGCGCUUCAUCAAGAGUCAUAUCCCCCUGUCCCUCCUCCCCCCUACCCUGGUGGAUCAGGCCAAGGUGGUGUACGUGGCCAGAGACCCCAGGGACGUGGUGGUGUCUGUGUACCAUCUGUGCAAAAUGCACAGGAUCCACGGCGCUCCGGACAGUUUCAAAGAGUUUUGGAACUGGUUUAUUAAAGAUCAGCAACACUAUUGCCCGCUAUUCGAGCACGUCAAAGAAGCUUGGAAUCUGAGGCAUCAUCCGAAUAUGUUUUUUAUAUUCUAUGAAGAACUAUACGAGAACUUGCCAUUGACGAUUCAAAGAAUGAGCAGCUUCCUGGGAACCAAAGAGUGCACUCCGGAGCAGAUCGAGCGACUCUGCGACCACCUCAGCUUCGAGAAGUUUAAGAACAACAAAGCCGUCAAUCACUCGCUGCUCAGUAAAAUCAAUUUUAUUAACGGCAAACAUCCCUUCAUUAGGAAAGGCAAAAUGGGCGGCUGGCGAGAUUACUUCGACAGCGAGAUGAUUGAACAAGCAGAACAUUGGUUUGCAGAUAAUCUCACUGACACGGAUCUGGUCUACCCCUCCAUGAAGACCACAACAUGACUAUAUGAUCACUAAAACUAGCAUUAAGUAUUAAAUAAUAUAUACAUUGA